AUGAAAGUAAUACUAUUUGUUGUUCUCAUUUCAUUGGUACUCCUUAUAGGAACUCAUAAAGCUACAGCUGUCGAAAUUUCAAAAACCGAAGACAAACUCGGAGGUAUCACUGUAGAAUGUGUACUAUGUUUGUUUGUAUUGGAAACUUCAAUCUCUGAAAUAUUUCAAGAUCUUGAUAACGAGACUAUAAUUGUUAGAGAUCUUGACAAUGUUUGUAUCGAUUUAUCAAACCACACAACACAAGGAAAUGAAGAAUGCAAUCAAAUCGCAAAUAAAUUUGGACCCGAGAUUUAUAAUGCCGUCCAGAAUUCAACAACUCAAUUUGAAAUAAUGGCAGAAAUUACUGAGAUAAUACCAUAUUUCGUUGGAAGUAGAAGUUCAGUCCAAGAAUUGAAUAAAUAA